ACUAUUUAACCGUGGAAACUUCUGCGGUUAUUGAUCAGUUGAUAUAAAACUACCGUCCUGUUGUGAACUAUUGGAUAAAUCUAUCAAAACAACAGUAUAAUAUAAUUGUCUUGAAGUAUUGGUUUUCAGUAAAAUUAGUUUGUGAUAAUGCAUCUCCUUAUUGCUUCCGGUCUGUUAAUUGUUUGCGGAAUUGUUGACGCAACUUUUUAUAAUCCAAGAAGCCAGGCAUUUAAUCAGUUGAUGGAAAGGCGGCAAAGAUCUAUAGGACUCCAAUAUCCUUAUGGAUAUCAUUACAAUCCAAUAGAGCCGUCAAUCAACGACUUAGAUGGAUUAAGCGAGGCAGUGGAUUCCAGAAUCAACGAGUACAAACCGAUAUAUGAGCAUGUCAAAAUGUCUACCCAUGAAGUGAAUUCGGUUCCAAGAACUCAUUCAUAUAAUUCAAAGAAUUCUCUCUACGAUUCGGAAUAUAUGACCCGGCAGGACAUUCCUAGUUUAUUUCCGGAAGAUAGCUAUGAUUACAAAUACCUAGGUUCCCCAUUGAACAAAUAUCUAACAAAUCCAUCAACAACAGAAAGAAGCAUUCCCAUAAACCUAGUAGCUAUCAGAAAGACAUCUGUCUUCGGCUACGGAUUCCCAACAUACAAAUCUCCGUACCCGUCGGAUUCUGUAACAAUAGUAAAACUAUCGCCUGAAACGUUAGAACACGAACCAACCCCCACGACUACAAAAAAUCCAUAUGAUUUUUUAUUCGUAAAACUAUUAAGUGAAAAUCAAAACGAGGUAAAAAAUUUGGUCAAAGAUGAAUCAAAUUAUGAAAUUACACAAGAAACCCCGACUAAAGAUGAAUUGAAUCCCUUUAAUUCAGAAGAAUCUCAGACUGUGGAUCAAUCGAACAUACUGGUGCUCGAAGAAAACCUAACUGAAGACAAAUCAAAUUCUAUAACUACAGAAGAAACCCAGACUGAAGACGAAUCGAACUCUCCGGUGUUUGAAGAUACCCCGAUUACAAACGAAAUCGAAUCGAAUUUAAUAGUAGAAGAAAAUCUAACUGAAGACAAAUCAAAUUCUAUAACUACAGAAGAAACUCAGACUGAAGAUGAAUUGAACUCUCUGGUGUUUGAUUCUAUUACAACAGAAGACGAAUCGAAUUCUUUUACCACAGAAGACGAAUCAAAUUCUAUUACAACAGAAGACGAAUCAAAUUAUAUUACAACAGAAGACGAAUCGAAUUCUAUUACAACAGAAGACGAAUCGAAUUCUAUCACAACAGAAGAAACCCAGACUGAAGGCGACGAAUCAACAUUUACGACUUCUCAGGAAACAACCACAGCUUUUAAACGAAAUCCUCUAAAUUCUGAUUCUGUAUACGAUAGAGAUAUGCGAUUAAAAAUAAUGGGAGUAUUAGAGAAUUACCUGAAAUUUAGAGAACAAGAAAUGAACCGUCAGUUUACGACCAUAGACAAUAUUUCUGCAAAAUUUCAAUCAAAUGUAUUAAGUGAUGAAGAUAUGAGCCAACCAUUAGUUCCAAAGGUGGCCAAUGAAGCUGAACAAUUUGAUGAAUACGAUAGUAAUAACUAUAAUUAAGAAUAAUAUUUUAUUUUACAUUCAUUACAUUUUAUAAUAUAGCAUUCGUAUGUAUCUGCAUUUGUUUGAGAUAAAACACAUUUCAUCGUUAAAAAACGACUAUUAUCCUCUUUUUUAUACUAAACAAAACUGUUAUAAUAUAUUUAAGUAUAAAGAAACUCGUCAAAUAAUAUUUAAUACAUAUUUUCGUUGUUUAACUUAAUGGACUUAAAAGAAUAAAUGUACUAACUACUGACCACUGAGUGUAGCAUAAUUUAAAACAAUUAUUAACAAAAGUAAUGGUAACGUUAUUAUUAUGGUUUUAUUUUUAUAUUUAUAAAAAAUUUAUAAAUUUAUUUAUUUUUAGUACUUUAGGUUCGAUGAAGUACUUUCUACGACGUACAACUAUAUGUAAAUCUACAUAUUUUCACAUCGUUAUUUAAAAUAUUAAAAAUAGUCAGUAUAUUAAACUAAGAUAAACGAGAAAAUAUUUUGAAUAGUUAGUUACAUAUGAUAAAACUGUCUAUAUUUGUGUAGUAAAUCAAGAAAAA